UUUGUAUAAUAGCUGAACCCAGAAAUUGAUUCGCUCAAAUUUCAAGAUAUUAGUAUAUGAACAUUAUUUUAAUGUUUGUAAUUAUAGGCUUGGGGUUUGAAGUGUGUGAAUGUUGCAAAUGUAUGUGGUGGUAUUUGUGAUGUUAGAAUCUGAUUGUUUGAUUAGGAGACUCUUGUUAUUGUCUGAAGUUGUUUGUGGGUUUGGUUAGUUUCUGAAACUAUGUUCUGAUUUAAGUGGUGCUGUUGAUUUCUUGGUGUUAUUUCAAUGUGGUGGCAGAAGGGGUUUUAUAUAUAGACUUCAAUUAUGGUGUUUUGUGUUUGGUUAUGUGUGAGGCAGUAGGGAGCAACCAGUGAUCUCGACUAAUGAUGUGACAUGUUAAUGAUGAAACUUUCCCUAAACUCUGAGCUGUUAAGCGAAGGUUUAAUAUGUACAUCAUGUUUAUCGUCAACUAAAGCCCCAUUAUUGGAAUCUUCGAGUGGAUUUCCAGAAUCCAUUAAUCUUAGUGUCCAUACUAAAAAAAUUGAAAUUUGAGGUUUAAAAGCAUUCGAAUUUGUGAUUGCUAUUUUUUCGAUGUGAUAAAUUGUUCGGGCGCCGAUGUAGAAAUGUCUGUGUUAUCUAUGUGGCUAGAAUCUACUUUCUUAAUGAGGAAAGAAGCUCUCGAGUUUGUUUGUGGGUUUUGAUCAGGUAAUAUGGUUCUGAUGAUUUCUUGUCAUGAUAUCAGUCCAGUGGCAAAAGCAGUUCUAUAACAACUAAAAUCAUAGCGGUCCAGGUUUCGAUUAUGUACAUAAUUGAGUAGGACCUCUCUACUUGGAGUUAAAGUAAUCUCUGCGUUCAUUUUUGCUGUCCGCAGACUAUACCACUAGGUGGUAUGUUGGUUUGGUUCGCAUCUAUAAGUAUGAGGGGAUAGGGAGGAGGUACUUGGGCACUGCUGAGACUAAUGGAUGGAUGCGGGCCUCUCAAAACUUAUAAUGGACCAAAACGUCACCCUCUGACUCCAGCAAGAGUAUCAAGGGGUGUGGUUUGCUUAAUUGUCAUUCUUUCAACAGCAAUCAUGAUGCUUGUUGGCAUUGGUUUUGUUACGGCUGUACUCAUGAGAUUUUUCAGCGUACAUUACAGCAGAAAAGCAACGUCAGUUUUCUUUGGCAUUUGGCUUGCUUUGUGGCCUUUUUUGUUUGAAAAAAUAAACAAGACCAAAGUAGUUUUAGCGGGAGAACGUGUUCCCUCAAAUGAAAGAGUGCUACUUAUUGCAAACCAUAGAACUGAGGUUGAUUGGAUGUACUUGUGGGACCUUGCAUUGAGGAAAGGACAAUUGGGCAACAUAAGAUACGUUCUUAAGAAGAGUUUAAUGAAACUGCCUGUGUUUGGUUGGGCAUUUCAUAUUAUGGAGUUUAUUUCGGUGGAGAGGAAAUGGGAGGUUGAUGAAUUACCAAUGCGCCAAAUGCUCUCAACCUUCAAAAAUCGCAGAGAUCCCUUGUGGCUUGCCGUUUUCCCAGAAGGCACAGAUUUCACUGAGCAAAAAUGUUUACGCAGUCAGAAAUACGCCUCUGAAAAUGGACUUCCUAUAAUGAAGAAUGUUUUGCUUCCAAAAUCAAAGGGCUUCUGCGCAUGCUUGGAGGAAUUGAGAGACUCUAUGGAUGCAGUUUAUGACAUCACAAUUGGGUACAAAUAUCGGUGCCCAACUUUCUUGGACAAUGCAUUUGGGGUAGACCCAUCUGAAGUUCAUAUGCAUGUUCGUCGCAUCCCUCUAAACGACAUCCCUGAAUCUGAAGACGAGGCUUCAUCAUGGCUGAUAGAUGCAUUUCACUUGAAGGACCAAUUGCUAUCUGAUUUCCAUUCACGAGGCCAUUUUCCUCAUGAAGGACCUGAAAAUGACUUGUCUACUAUGAAGUGUCUAGUAAACUUUCUUUUUGUAAUCAUCCUGACCAGCAUACUUACCUAUGCCGCCUUCUCAUAUGUCUCAUUUAGAAUAUAUUUCUUGUUAGUAUGUGUGUACAUGGCAUCUGCUACCCAUCUCAACUUUCGACCCUCACCAUUUUUUACUUUGUGAAUUUCUUGUAAAAUUAAAUAAUGUGUAUUAGACAAUAUACCGUGGGAUUACAGAUGAUCUGCCCUGUCUUUUAUUUUCAAUAAUCUGGUUAUGGCA